UUGAUAUUUUUACAGAAUUUCCCGUUUCAGAUUCACAGCAAAAACGUGCAGUCUGACCGAUGCCAAUCUACUGGAAGUACAGCGGUUCAAAACGCUUUGAAAUGGAGCUCCUCCGUUGUUGCUGCACAAUGUCCAAUUGGACUAAAUGUAUUGCAAUCAAAUGGUCAGCCAGCGGCGUGCUCUCCUCAAGACAUCUGCAGUUGUCAACAGUUACGUCCUGGAGCAACUUGUCAGUACUCACUGCAACACAUGCGGUACAUUUGCUGCGCAGGACAAGCACAGCAAUGUGGAACGUCAUCGCCACUUAUCUCAGCCACCGGUCAGAAUGUCCAGUGCCAGUCAUUGAGUAGCUGCCUCAGUGGAUUCAACUGCAUGCAAGGAAUUUGCUGCGCAAGCUCUUCAAAUCCCGCAUGCUCGUCCAACCAGUGCAUGAACGGACAGGUGUACAUCAACGGUCAAUGCAUGAGUACCGUUCCCAUCGGUGGAAUGUGUCAGCAGACGGAGCAGUGUCUUGGCGGUUCAGCAUGUACGAACUACCGUUGUGAAUGUCCAUAUGGGACCAGCAAUAUCAACGGGGAAUGCAAGCCAUAUGGCAAUGGUUGCGAAUUAGGCAUGGUGAUGGUGAAUGGAGUAUGUGAAUCCCUGGCUUCUCCAGGAAUGAGAUGUUUCAUUAAUGAGCAGUGUAUCGACAAUUCUCAAUGCAUUGGAAGUACCUGUACCUGUAACCAAGGAUAA